CAAAAAGGAGCUCAAAUUUCUCCCCAUUUUUCACAACCUUCCUCUCGUCAGUCUCUCGAUCUUUUGUUCAUGAUUCUUGCGCUAAUUUCAUGGUGCCUGUUCUUCUUCCCUCGAUCUUUUGCACAUGAUUCAUGAUUCUUGCGCUAAUUUCAUGGUGCCUGUUCUUCUUCCCUCGAUCUUUUGCACAUGAUAUAUGCCUACCUUUGGAUGGACUGGUCUCAUCCUUUCCAAGUGACCUUAUAGGGAGCCAUUUGAGAAGCUUAAUCUACCAUCUGUGACUGUCGGCCAUUCUAACCCCCUCCACUUACACACUCUUUCAACUCAAAUCAAUCCAAGUAUUUUUCUUCUGUAACGGCAACCCAACAAAGGGCUCUUUCUGUGUCAAAUCGGCUUAGGGCACUGAAUCGCCUUGCUACGCUCACCUCCGCCGUCAAAUUUGCAGCAUAUGGGGGGUGGUCUAGGUCUACGCUUCAUUAUGUUGAAGUACACGCCUCUGAGUAUGAACUACUGUUGUAUUGACGAGGUGGAAUUGAAGGAUGAUACUGAACGUAAUCUAGAAGAAUUAGAAUUUAAAGGAAAUUGUUUGCAUCAGGACAUUCCAGUUAGCCCUGGAAUUGUUUGUGUCAGUGAUACCAUGUACAUGUUCGGAGGUGUCAUCUACUCGGUCCCACAGCCCGUUUUAAGUAAACAAAUGACGUUGACAAACUGCUUGUCAUUUGCACCACUUCCGAGUGAUUCUUCUCCUGUGACUUGGACUCGUAGCCCCACUGGUAUGAGUGUAGACCGAGUCAACCCCAUGGUAGCCCCAUUACACGAUGGCAGGAUAUUCAUCUGUGGUGGCACUUAUAUAAGAAGUAGUUGGGCUGAGGUCUACGACCCGAAGACAUGCCAGUUCCUCAGUCUGCAAUUGCCUAUGAGCGUGGCUAAGAUUCCCAUACCAAGAUCUUGCUUUCAGUACACCAAUGAAUUGGUACUGAUAUACUAUGAUGCCUGGUUUUACAAUCAGGACGAAUACGAAGGCCGAGCCCGCAUGUCCUGCAACAUUGAAGGAUACGAACCAACACUCCUCCAGUACAAUUUGGUAUCAAACUAUUGGCAAGUCUUUGCAAGGGAAUUACCUGAGCCAUACCUUGACCCGUAUAAGAGGAACCUCGUCUAUGUGGGUGGAGACAUUCUAUUCAUGAUGGACUACUCAUAUAGCUGGUUGGUCUACAAUCUGUCCUCAAAGAAGGUGGGAAACGUGGAGGUGGAGCUUCCGGAUGCGGCUGUGAUUGAAGCUUUCUAUGUCGGCAACACUCAUACCACACACACUAGUUGGGUCUUCUAUGUAUUCCUUCGUCAUAAGGUUAAUUAUAUAACUGGUGGUGUUCGAUAUGCCAAGGUCGAAGUUGUGCAAGGCAAGGACGGGGAUUACAUUGCUACUGUGCAGAUGAACGGUGUCCUGAGAGUGCCUCUCUUUUCAGAUAUGUAUAUGUUUGGUUUCAAAGCAAGGUCUAAGAGAGAUGCGGAGGAACAACUGCCGGAGAAGAAAGGGAAAGAGAAGAUGAUGAGAAUUGAGUGAAAGCCUACUGCUGGGAACUAUAUAUGUACUUUUGUUGGAGACUUAUUUUCGCGUUGUUUAAAUCAGAGAAUGAAUAAUUAUGUGUCUCAAUGAUCAUGAGCAAACUCAAUUAUGAUAAUAAUAUGACUCUCUUUGAAUUUGAAAUUAA